AUGUCAGGUCCUGCGACUGCUAGUCCCCUCGUAGAGGCAUUCUACUCCACAGUCACACAGGCACUGUGUGUAGGUGCGGUCGUCAAGGGAUGUGACUAUUCUCUGAGACGAUGGUUGGCCGUCUCCACACUGACCCCGCCAGAGGUAGCUCUGCAUCCUUCGGAGCCUCCCAAGAACGCGAAAUGGAAGCUUCGAGCGAUCGGUCUGAGUAUCUUCGCUUUUUUCAUGGCUUUUGAAGGCGGUUUGAUCUUUGGUGCCCAGAGGAUUAAGUCAGAGUUUUGGCUGAAUGCCCUGUGGGCAGGUAUAGAGGGCCUUCUCAUUACCCUUGUCUUAUUCACGUCCUCUCUCAUCUUCUUUCCCGCUCGCAUCGAACUCUCCUACAUUGCAAACAAGCUGGACCCUGGAGCCAUCGUUCUCAAGGAGAAGCGCGAGGACACCGUCUGGCCUCGCAUCUUCGGCGCGGCUGGAGUGUCAGCUCUCUGCAUCUAUCUCAGCUCGCAGAACAUCCGCGCACUGCAACCCGUCGUCGUUGCAGCAUGGGUCCUGAUGUGUUUGGCCACUGCUAAUAUGCCCAAGAUGAACGUCAAGUGGGCAAACAUUGUCUUGAUGGGAUACAUAACCGUUGUUCCAGUCAUCGGCAUUGUCCUGGGCGGCUUGAUAACCCUCGUCCUCGGCUUCUUUGGUGAGAACGGGGAGACCGCAGCGCCGUCAGAGCCCAAGCCGGAGCUGUACGGAUGGUUGGGUCGUGUCAUGAUCAUGGUCAUGAGUGGUCUGCCGUGUAUGAUGGCAGGGGUUCUGAUCAGUUUGGCUCUACGCUUCGAUCAUGCUCAGACCCGUUCAUUCAUUGCCCUCCGUGGUGAACCCGGACAAGCGGCUAUCAUCCCCACCUCCUCUCCUGAUUUCGCCAAGCCAAUGUUCCGCGCUUCGGUCGCCGCACUCACGGCUUCGCUCGUGGUCGCAGAGGUUUUGACCUCAAUCUUUGAGCCCACUCACUCAGUUGAAAUGGCAUGGAUCUUCAUGACUAUUCCCACUGUCUGUGCUGUUCAGCUCAUCACGGCAAAGCGAAUGGGUACGCUCAAGGAUUGGUGGAAGUAUGAGGAAAUCUGGAUCCCGUCAAAGGAGGACGUGGCGAAGAUUGCACAAGAUAUUGAAGCUGUCGCGCCAGUCGAGGAGAAGCCUGCCCAAAAGUGA